AACCCGGAUGACGCUGAGCUUCCGGGGUCUGUAGCUGGAGCGGAGGAAGAGCAGAAUCAGCUGAACUACAGAAGAAAUGAAAAUAUUUUCCUGAAAUUCAUCACCAACAACCAGGAUAUUUAACUAAGAGCAAAGUUAAACUGCUGAAAGAGGUGAAGCAGAAGCCUUCCUGAAGAAUCUCCAGAACACGCAGAAACAGUUUGCUACAUUUAAAAGGCAAAUGAAGCAAAGUCCCAACAUGGAGAAACAUCAGCACUCUGUCAAGAGUUUUACUAAACAGAGUGAUCUCAAAAAACACCAGCGCAUUCACACAGGAGAGAAACCGUAUCACUGCUCAGACUGUGGGAAGAGUUUUACUCAACAGAGUCAUCUCCAACGACACCAGCGCAUUCACACAGGAGAGAAACCGUAUCACUGUUCAGACUGUGGGAAGAGCUUUAAUCGACUGGAGACUGUCAAACGGCAUCAGCGCAUUCACACAGGAGAGAAACCGCAUCACUGCUCGGACUGUGGGAAGAGUUUUACUACACAGAGUGAUCUCAAAAAACACCAGCACAUUCACACAGGAGAGAAACUGUAUCACUGCUCAGACUGUGGGAAGAGUUUUACUGAACAGAGUACUCUCAAACUCCACCAGCGCAUUCACACAGGAGAGAAACCGUAUUACUGCUCAGACUGUGGGGGGAGUUUUACUACACAGAGUAAACUCAAAAUACAUCAGCGCAUUCACACAGGAGAGAAAUCGUAUUACUGCUCAGACUGUGGGAAGAGCUUUAAUCGACUGGAGACUGUCAAACGGCAUCAGCGCAUUCACACAGGAGAGAAACCGUAUCACUGCUCAGACUGUGGGAAGAGUUUUACUACACAGAGUAAACUCAAAAUACAUCAGCGCAUUCACACAGGAGAGAAACCGUAUCACUGCUCAGACUGUGGGAAGAGUUUUACUACACAGAGUAAACUCAAAAUACAUCAGCGCAUUCACACAGGAGAGAAACCGUAUCACUGCUCAGACUGUGGGAAGAGUUUUACUACACAGAGUGAUCUCAAAAUACAUCAGCGCAUUCACACAGGAGAGAAACCAUAUUACUGCUCAGACUGUAGGAAGAGUUUUACUGCACAGAGUAAUCUCCAACGACACCAGCGCAUUCACACAGGAGAGAAACCGUAUCACUGUUCAGACUGUGGGAAGAGUUUUAAUCAACAGAGUAAUCUCAAAAGUCACCAGCGCAUUCACACAGGAGAGAAAAAUGUCCCAAAUUUGUCCCAUGGCAAUUAAAAGCUCAAAUCAUAAAUUCCACCAGAAACAAAUAUGAACUGUAUUUAACAAUGGAUUUUACAGGUUCAGCAAAACUAUUCUUAUCCAGGGAUGAUGUGUAUAGAAUUCCAUGUUAUGUUUGUAUGUCUUGUAUGUUUGAAUAUUCCAGGACAUUCUUUGUGAGACAGAGCUCAGUUUUUAGGUUAGUUACUGUUGCGCAGUAAGGUUACAGGCUCAUUCACUCCCUCUGCUGGUGUUCUUGUUUGUCUAUGGUUCAGUCCAAUUAAAAAUCUGUUACUAUAGAGGGAUAUAGAGGGAUAUUUGGUUGUGUUGUAUUACUCAAGUUUUAAACUCUCUUAUCUUUUCCUUAUUGAAUAUUAAAUGUUGCUUAUGGUUUUUUUAAUCUCCAAAGUUACUAAGAAUAUCCAAAUAAUGUAGUUUCUUAAUUGUUUUUAUCCAGUACAAACUAUUAUCUUUGUAUUACUUCACCUCUAUAUUUACCCAUGUGUGUUUUAAUUAACGGCUUUUAUAUUGCAGAUCUCCAGUCUCAUUGUGUUUUCUCAACACAUGUUUGACAUGAAAC